AUGACUGAUCGCUACAUCCCCGAACAUCGCCGAACGCAGUUCAAGGCCAAAGGCGCCUUUAAGCCCGAGGAGCUCCGUCGCCGUCGUGAGGAGCAGCAGAUUGAAAUUCGAAAGGCCAAGCGCGAGGAUAACCUCGCCAAGCGUCGUGGUAUUGCUACUGGCGAGAACCGUCCCGGUGCCUCGCUCGGCGCUGCUCCCGACAGUGACGAUGAGUCCACUCCAACAGAAUCUCAGCUCAAUGAGGACCUUCCCCAGAUGGUCCAGGGUGUCUUCUCCGACCAGAUGGAGCAGCAGAUCGCGGCCACGACCAAGUUUCGCAAGCUGCUAUCAAAGGAACGCAAUCCGCCCAUCGAGGAGGUGAUCAAGACUGGUGUCGUCAGCCGCUUUGUCGAAUUCCUCCGAUCUCCUCACACCCUUGUCCAGUUCGAAGCUGCCUGGGCUCUGACCAACAUUGCCUCCGGUUCCGCUACUCAGACUCAGGUCGUCAUCGAGGCCGGCGCCGUGCCCAUCUUUGUUGAGCUCUUGGCCAGUCCAGAACCUGAUGUGCGUGAGCAAGCCGUCUGGGCUCUCGGUAACAUUGCUGGUGAUAGCCCUCACUGCCGUGAUUACGUCCUGAGCUGCGGUGCUCUCAAGCCUCUACUCAACCUACUUGGCGACAGCCGCAAGCUAAGCAUGCUUCGAAAUGCCACCUGGACUCUGAGCAACUUUUGCCGUGGCAAGACUCCCCAGCCGGAUUGGAACACUAUUGCCCCCGCUCUGCCCGUUCUCUCCAAGCUCGUGUACUCUCUUGAUGACGAGGUCCUUAUUGAUGCGUGCUGGGCCAUCUCGUAUCUUUCCGAUGGUCCCAACGAGAAGAUCCAGGCCGUGAUCGAGGCUGGCAUUCCUCGCAGACUUGUCGAGCUUCUGCUCCACGCCUCCACCUCUGUCCAGACCCCUGCUCUGCGCUCUGUUGGCAACAUAGUCACUGGCGACGACAUGCAAACUCAGGUUAUCAUCAACUGUGGUGCUCUUCCCUGCCUGCUGUCUCUCCUCAGCUCCACUAAGGACGGCAUCCGUAAAGAGGCCUGCUGGACCAUUUCUAACAUCACUGCCGGCAAUUCAGCUCAGAUCCAGGCUGUGAUCGAUGCCAACAUCAUCCCUCCUCUGAUCCACCUUCUACAGAAUGGUGAUCUCAAGACCCGUAAGGAGGCCUGCUGGGCUAUCAGCAACGCUACAUCGGGUGGCCUGCAGAAGCCUGAGCAGAUUCGCUACCUUGUCGGUCAAGGUUGCAUCAAGCCCCUAUGUGAUCUUCUCAUCUGCCCUGACAACAAGAUCAUCCAGGUUGCCCUUGACGGUCUUGAGAAUAUUCUCAAGAUCGGUGACCUCGACAAGCAGGCUGCUGGCGAAGGCGUUGAGAACCUCAACAAGUACGCCCUCUUUAUUGAGGAGUGUGGUGGCAUGGAAAAGAUCCACGACUGUCAAAACAACGCCAACGAGGAAAUUUACAUGAAGGCCUACAACAUCAUCGAAAAGUACUUUUCUGACGAGGAGGAGAACGCUGAUGAGGGCAUGGCCCAGCCUGCUGGCCCCAACGGUCAGUUCGGUUUCGGUACCAAUGGCUCCGGCCAGGCUGGUGGCUUCAACUUUGCCAACGGCGGUGACUCGAUGGACAUGUAA